AUGACAGAAAAAGGUUUUCGAUUCUGUUGCGAGCUUAAAGAAAAAUCAGCGAAAGCCGCACACAAAAGUUUUCACGCUAACGUCACAGCAUUCCACGCAUUUUUGGCCGGCACGAAAGACCGCAAUCAAAUUGACAGGAAGCUCAAGGAUAUAAUCGCCCUCGCAGAAAAAACGGAAAUCGAAUUAAACAUCUGGCUAGAUCUCGUAAAACACACUCCGCGAUCUGAACUCAUAGUCGAACUGCUUUCUUCAAUUAAAGACUCUAUUCAAGCAGUACAAACCGCCGCGUUUAAUAGAGUAUUAGCGCUAGACAAAGAUGAAACAUUGUCCGUGAGCGCCAGCAUGAGAUCAAAAUCGUCACGCACGUCACGACACUCGAUAAACUCGUCAUAUUCCGGUUCGUCGCGCUCUUCAAGAGAAAGUUUCUUAACUGUCAAAGCAAAACGUGCGGCGUUAGAAGAGAAAAUGAAAUUUAGCGAUAAGAUUGAAGAACAACAAAGGAUCCUAAAUAAACUGAAAAUGCAGCAAGAGUUAAAUGAAUUCUUAGCAGCGGAAGCCGUCUAUGAGGAGGCGUUGAAAGAAGAAAAACCGCCCGGUAAUGAAGAGAUGGAUUUAGAAUUGCCGAAAGAAACCGAAAAUAUGAUUGAUAGAUUUUUGAACCACGCAUCUCAUCCCACCCUUUCGACCACAGCGACCCAAAGUUUGUUACCGCCAUCAAUGAAUGAGAACAAUGCUCACCAAUUUGUCACGUCUGGUGACAACACAGGAAACCCACACCAUGUGGGAUUGUCAGAUAACAUCACCCUCCCGGACGGGGGACUCACGACUAACUUCCAUUUAGACACAGGACAUAAAGUAGUCUCCCAUCCCUCAAAUGUAUCGGAACACGAGCCUCUUUAUCAUGUAGAGAUAGCAGAACAACUAAAAUCUGAUCCUACAACGAACAGUCCACCCGAAACGCAUCAAGGCACAGGGAUGCCAACACCUCAAAUUCCCGCCUUUGCUACCAAUAUUUCUUACCCCUGUACUUCUCACUACACGUCACCUGCAGAAACAAGUACUCCAAUCGUUUUACUUCCUCAAGGGCAAACAAACAGAAGCACGGGCCCCCUGACUUCUCAUUCCCACGCAGGCCCUGUAAGCAGUUCAAAACCUAUACCUUCAAGUACUUACAAACUCCGUGGAGAUGCUGACGCCUUUACCCCGAAGAGUUCGCCGACCACACUUUACCGCGAAAUAAGAAUUCCACCUCCCGAAAGUCAAAAUCGUGCUCCUCCAAGUUCAAAUUGCCGACGCCUCAGCAAAAGUCACGCAACUGCAACGGCUCCCACAAGCCAAGCCAGACAUAUUUACUGGCAACGAAACAGACACCAAAUUCUUCAUCUGGGAAACAGUGUUCGACGUGCUUAUCGACUCCGCGCCGAUCAGCGCUCAGCAGAAACUGUAUCUAUUGUACCAACACUUAGACGGAAACGUGAAAAAAGUCGUUGA